UUGCUGAAAUUCAGAUCCAAAAAAGCAAAGAACUUUUUCCCCAAAAAAAAAAAAAAAAACACAGACACAUAUGAUAUGAUAGAGUUCUGAGAUUUUAAAGUUGUUGUUGUUUGAGGUUGUUUAUUUUUGUUGGAAAAAAUCAAAUGGGAGAGAGAGAAGAAGAGCCACCACUACCGUCAACGACGUCGUUUUCUUCUUCUUCUUCAUCUUUACCAUUAAAACUAACGGCGUCUUCUUCUUCUUCGUUACGCCCCACGAUAACUCUUCCGCCGCGAACUUCGAUGGAAACGUUAUUCAACGGCGGCGGCGGCGGCGGUGGUGGCGGCGGGAAUAGUAGUGGGUCGGGUUUAGGCCUUAGUGGGCUGGGCUUUAGCCCGGGGCCCAUGACUCUUGUUUCCAGCUUUUUUAACGACAACGAUGACUGCAAGUCUUUCUCUCAGCUCCUCGCCGGAGCUAUGACUUCUCCGGCCGCUCAGCGGCAGAGUUUGCCGCCUCCUAUGGCUGUUGAAGAUGCUGGAGGUGGUGGUGGCGGUGGAAAAGACGAUGACAAGUCCUUCUCCGGCGGCGGUGGAGAGGAAGAGUUCCGGUUUCAGCAGAACCGGCCGACGGGUUUGGCGAUAUCGCCGUCGUCGAUUUUCACAGUUCCGCCGGGACUCAGCCCCGCUGGCUUCCUUGACUCGCCGGGUCAGGGACCCUUUGGGAUGACACACCAGCAAGCUCUGGCUCAAGUCACAGCUCAGGCUGCCCAAGCUCAUACCCAUGUGCAUAUUCAAGCUGAUUAUUCAUCUUCAGUAUCAGCAGCACCUGCUACAUCAUUAACACAGCUUCCAGCCUUUACUACCACUACAACUGCACAUCAGCAGGUGCCACCCUCGAUACCAGACUCUGGUGUUGUGAAUCAAUCAUCUGAUUUCUCUCAUUUUGAUCAGAGAUCCCAACCUUCUGCAUUUGCUGUUGAUAAGCCUGCUGACGAUGGCUACAACUGGCGGAAAUAUGGGCAGAAGCAAGUGAAAGGUAGUGAAUUUCCUCGAAGCUAUUACAAAUGCACAUUUUUAGGUUGUCCCGUCAAGAAAAAGGUUGAGCGCUCUCUUGAUGGCCAAGUAACUGAAAUAAUUUACAAGGGGCAGCACAACCAUCAACCACCUCAAAAGCGUGCAAAAGAUACUGGAAAUUCUAAUCAGGGAAAUCCAGACUUUGCUAGCCAAGUUCAAAGUGGGAAUUUGAACAAAUUGAAAGAAGGGACAGGUCUUUAUUUAAUGUCAAAGAAGGAUCAGGAAUCGAGCCAAGCUACACCUGAACACUUAUCUGGUACAAGUGACAGCGAGGAAGUGGGUGAUGCUGAAACUGGAGUAGAUGAAAAAGAUGAAGAUGAACCUGAAGCAAAGAGACAGAGUACAGAGGUCAGGGUUUCAGAGCCAGCUUCUUCACAUAGGACUGUCACAGAGCCUAGGAUCAUUGUGCAGACAACUAGUGAAGUGGAUCUUUUAGAUGAUGGGUAUAGGUGGCGCAAAUAUGGACAGAAAGUUGUCAAAGGAAAUCCUUAUCCAAGAAGCUAUUAUAAAUGCACAACCGUAGGAUGCAAUGUCCGCAAACACGUUGAGAGGGCUUCAUCAGAUCCUAAAGCUGUCAUUACAACAUAUGAGGGCAAACAUAAUCAUGACAUACCAGCUGCUAAAACUAGCAGCCACAACACAGCCAACAGCAUUGCAUCACAGUCAAAACCAGACAAAGUUCUGCCUGAGAAGCAUUCCUUAAUUAACAAUAUGGGUCUUGGGAACAAUGAACAACAGCCUAUAGCACGUUUACGAUUGAAAGAAGAACAGAUAACUUAGUUUUUCUCGUGAACAUGGAGAGCAGUGGGCAACAAAUAACAUGAAAUUUUGCCACUCUCAGGCAAAAGCUGUAAGUUAUCUUUUAUUAGAUCUGAUUUUUCACACAUUGAGGCCAUAAUUUUGAUGAAGGCCCACCUUUCCAACUGCCAUAUAGAAAGAGAGGAUAAUGGAAAGAAGAAGGAGAAAUCGGUUGAAGACAAGACUAGCUUGGGUUGAGGCUGUAAUUGUUGUAUGUAAACUAGUGUAAGCAGCAGUAUUCUAUUGCGAUUCUAUAUUUCCGUGCAUUCUUUUGUACAUGAAAAUAUAAGUAUUUUCCUUCCAUAUAGUUGACUGUGCAUUAUUGAUAUUUUAAUGAAUGAACGUUCAAGGAUUUUUUUCCCU